AUGCUGAAGUGUCCCGCUGCUUUCCGCGAAUAUAACAGCAUCGUCGUCUCACUCGCGGUAGAUGAAGAGGCACCCAGAUGGUGCCAAGACAAGAGGCCGCGCGGGAGGCCAAAGAUUCGCUGGUUAGACCGUGUGAAGCUGGAUAUGAUAGAUGCACGUUUGUGUACGGCUGAUGCAAUGGAUAGAACCAAAUGGAAGACAAGAAGCAGAAAAGCGGACCCUGCAACAACGCGGGACAAACGCUAG